AAGUGUUUUGUCGCACGGAUAAUCAUCGAUCCGAAUUUUUCAAAGCGUAUCGGACUUUCGUUCGUUUCAUCUGCUUUACCCAAGGACGCGAACUUGCAUUCUUUUCUUUCAGCCAGCACGAUCCCCCGAACGACAAAGUCAAAAUGCUGAAGAUGCAGGGAUUGUCCGCGAGUAGUAUAAAAAAGAACCCUUCUCUGCUGCCGCUGUAUGCUUGCAUAGGAGCGGGAGGACUACUUGCGUUGUGGUAUACGUUGCGCCUGGCGAUACGCAGUCCCGACGUCUCAUGGUUGAAUAAAAAAGAGGCCGAGCCCUGGAACUACUACAAGGACAAACAAUACAAGUUACUAUCGCCAGCCAGGGAUUACAGCAAAGAGAAGAGCCCAACACCCGAAUAUUGAGUACUGUACCGUGUAAACUAGUAUUGUCGUAGGAAUAAAUUGUUAAUAUUACUUCCUUCGAGCGAAUGAUGAAUAUUAAACUUCGGAUCGUUCUUGCGGUCGAAUAACAGCAAGAGUACAGAAGUCUUAAACUACUUCUGGAAGGAUAUUAUAUCAACUGUCAAAUGUAUAUUAGAUAAUUUUGAAUGGAAGUUUCAGAUUAAAAAAAAAGCUACAUGUAUUGUGUAAUUAGUGCUAAUAUAUAUAUAUAUAUA